AUGGAAACAUAGGUUAUAAGAUACAACUGCAAGUAGCAAUACCUUGAAAUAAGAGCAUGUUAUGACAGUUUACCUAACACAUCAACUUCAGAAUAGAUUAUUUAAGCGUGCGAUCCAAAAAUUUAUGCAUUAGGAAAGUGCAUCGAAUAGGGGAGGAUAAAGGAUUAAGAAUUGUUUGUAAAAUAGAAGUUAAAUGAAUACAUAAACUCAGAUUAAAACUAAAGUAAAAAUUGA